UUAAUUCCUGGAGACUCCCGGCCAAACCUGAAGGGUUGGCAACCCUAAUACCGGCCUGUGCCCAGCUGCAGCCGGGAGCGGGGACUUUGGCCCAGGCCAGGCUCCCCCGGACAGCGCCCGGUCACAUCUCUGCUGGCCUUGCCGAGCAGACGGCGUCAGAAAGAAAAACAAAAACAAAAAACCGCCUGGAAACAGAACCUAGCCGCGGCCUUCUCGUCAGAUUUGGUCGUUCUCUCUCCCAUCCAGCUCCAUCAGCCAAAGGGGGAAAAAUGACAUCUCUGGGGAAGAAAGCCGAUUAUGCCUCGUCACCCAUCCGUGGACCUGGAGAUGGCAUGGAAACUGAGCAGCCACCUAAAACUGUGGAAGUAGUUGCUGGAGCCCACAAUACAAGUCGUCAUGCCCAUCACAGUCCACACAAGAAAGCUGUCUCUUCCCUGAGUCCUGGAGUUCUCCAGCUAGGGAAAGUACACAGUGAUAAGUCAGUGGAGAUUGAAGCUGUUCGAAUACUGGUUCCGAAAGCUGCUAUAACUCAUGUUGUUCCUACCAAAAAUGCUAAGGUGGCUAAAUCCCUGGGACACCAUAAAGGAGAGGACUUCAGCCAGUCAGAUGGAGUCACAGAACCCAGUAAAGAGCUGUUGGAGCUAAAAAAUGCAGUAGAAAAGCUCAAGAAUUCAGAAAGGAGAUUGCUACAGGAUAAAGAAGGUCUUUCCAACCAGUUACGUGUACAGACAGAGGUGAAUCGAGAGCUGAAGAAGUUACUUAUUGCUUCGGUUGGGGACGACCUGCAAUAUCACUUUGAACGCAUGGCACGUGAGAAAAAUCAGUUGAUCCUAGAAAAUGAGGCCCUAGGCCGGAAUAUGUCUCAGCUGUCUGAACAGUUAGAGCGGAUGUCUAUACAGUGUGAUGUGUGGCGCAGCAAAUUCCUAGCAAGCAGAGUCAUGGCUGAUGAGCUAACCAACGCCAAAGCAAUUCUUCAGCGCCAAACCCGGGAUGCACAAAGUGCACUUCAGGAUCUGUUGAGUGAACGUGACCAGUUCCGUCAAGAAAUGAUUGAUACACAGAAAUUGUUAGAAGAGCUGCUGGUUUCUCUACAGUGGGGGAGGCAGCAGACUUAUUAUCCUAGUGCUCAACCCCACACUACAGCAGAGCUAGCAGCAAGGAACCAUAAACUGGCUAAAGCAGUGAGCUCCCACCUUCUUGGAAAUGUUGGCACUAACACUCCAAAAAAGACUUCCCCACCAACAGAGUUCUGCAACACUCCUGCUGAGAAAAUGGCUGAAAUGGUGCUGCGAGUGUUGGAUCCAGUUGCCUGUACUGAAGCAUCACCAGAAGUUCCCUUUUCUGAGCCUUCCCCACCCUCCUUCUUUUCUACAAAGAAGAACAUUGGUCGGUUUCACCCAUACACCAGAUAUGAAAAUAUAACUUUCAACUGCUGCAAUCGCUGCCAGGGAGAACUGAUAGCCCUUUAAAAUCAUUGCGCUGAAGACAAAAUAAAGCUAGUGUAUCUGUGGAUAUGCUAACUUUUCCCUGAAUGACACUAGUGAUUUAUCCAUUCUGAUUUCCUUCUUUACUAUUACCGUCUUGGGGGUUUGUUACGCCAGAAAAUGUACUUUUUACUUCCUAUAACUCGUGCUUAGGGACCAUCUACAAUAAUCUGUGGUGGGAUCAUAGCUUCUACAGGGCUGGAAUAUGGUUAGCACUCCUAUUUACAAGGUCAAGACCAAAAUGUUACAACAGUACAAUUUAUAGUGUAAAUAGCGCUUUAGAUGUGUAGGAUUUGUAAUUAUAUUAUGAAAUCUUAAUGAAUUUCUGCUCAGGGGAAGACAGAACCAUGAAACUAUUUAUUUAGGUACAUAGACAAGUGAUGCAUCCACUUGAAACCUCUGAACAGCGCUUCCUUUAAAAGGGAGUUGAAAUAAAUGCUAAAGUGAGAAACACUGAGUUAUUGUUUUAAGUAUUUUCAUUUUAAAAAGGGCAAUAGAAUGCACAAUCAUUUCUGUGUGGUUUAAUUUUUCUCUCUAGUGUUACUCAGUUUGCUAUGGUGCUAUGGUCAAGUAUUUAUAGUCGUAAUUAAGUUACAGGAUCAGGUGCAA